CCGGCAGCCACAGCAGCGUCCCCUCCCCGGGACUUCUGGGUCUGAGCCUGAGGGCUUCCGGCUAACAGGGAGCAUUGCCCCACACAAGACCCUUGGGCUGGAGGUCCCACCCCAGGGCGUCCCCAGAGGAGGGCGACUUCCAAAGCUCCAGGCAGAUGGAGAACCGGAGGGCCCCUCGGAGAGCCCGGUCCCUGGACAGGCCACGAGUCCUCAGGAAGGACUCAGAGACGUCAAGCUGUCAGUGCCUGUCACUGCCCAGCACACCCUGCAGGUGGGCACCCUGCCGAGCCAUCGGCGAAGGGGCCAGAGGUUCCCAGAGCCUGGACUCGCCACCUUCGGGAGCUCAGGAUGCUGAGGGUGCUGCAGUUCACACUCCGGAGGAGACGAGGGGGUUCCUCCCUAGCGAGCAGAGGCCUCCGCCAGACAUCAAGAAGGACAAGGCCCAGUGGCGGGCCCAGCAGGGCUGGCUGAAGAUGGUGCUGAACUUCCUCUGGAGGACGGGCUUUGAGGAGCCCAGAGACAAGGCCAGCAGGAGGCCGAAGGAGAAGGAAGAGCCCCCAGAGUCCCCAGAGACAGCUGAAGAACUGGGCCUCAGGAAGAAAGCCCUGGACAGGAAGGCCAGCCGCAAGAAACACGGUCACAAAAAGCAUGGUGCUGCGGAGGCCGCGGGGAACCAGGACCGGGAGGCCCGGCCGCCCAGGACGGCUGCAGCCUCGCAGGCUGAGGACCCCGAAGCAGCCCUGGUUUGCAGGGGUGGACGGGAUUCUGGUGACCACCUGUCCUUGCCCUCCAGAGGGGCCAGCGCUGGACAGUUGGAUAGUUCACCCCAGGCCACAGGCUCUGGGCCAGAAGAGGAGCCAGGGAGGCCUGACCAGGAUGACGUCAUCCGGAUGAUCGUGGAAUUCCUCAAGAAAGUGGGAGACCAGUGGGAGGAGGAGCAGUCUCAAGCCUCCCAGCCAGCAGUACUGCUGCAAAACCCAGCCCUGGGCUGCACGAGGAAGUCCCAGGAGAAAAAGCCCAGCAGCCACAAGCGGGCCUUUUCCCUCAAGAAGUACAGCUCAGAGGAGCCCCGGAGGGUGGCCACUGCUGACGUGCCCAGCCCCAGGGGCCGGCCGCCCAAGAGACCCAGCUUCCUGCCCCUCUGCAUGGGUGGCGGUGGUCCCCGGCCCUCCACCUCCAGCAGCCCUGGCUGUGAAGGACCAGGAGCCCCCGAGGCCCCAUCUGCAGACAGUGACAGCCCCAGCCCCCCUGAGCUCCCCACCCGUGCUGCAUGCCAGAGACCCGAAGAUGAGCUGCCGCUGGAUGGAACCUCAGAAUCCAGUGAGUUCAUGCGGAUGAUCCUGGGGCUACUCCAGGAUGCGGAGGAGCAGGCUGGAGAGCAGCAGCCUCAAGUGCAGGAGGCCGACGCAGCUGGGGAAGGCCUGGCCCUGGCUGGCAGGUGGAAGGCGCAAGAGAAAAAGCCCAGCGGCCUCCGGAGAGCGUUUUCUCAUAAAAGACACAGCUUCAAGGAGCCCAGGAGAGCGGGCGCUGCAAGGACUGGGGGGGCUGCCACCCCCGAGUCCCGGCCACCCAAGAGGCCCAGCUUCCUGCCCCUGUGUGUCGGUGGCCAGCGCACCUCCAUCUCCUGCAGCUCUGAUGGAGAAGAACCAGAGUUCCUGGAGCCCUCGGCCGCAGAAGGGGCAGCCCCCGUGUUCCCAGAAGUGGCCUCGAAGGCCAGCAGCUGCACGCCGGACGGGGGGCCCCAGCCCCCUCAGGAGGGAGCCUGCAAAUCUAAGGAGCUCAUCAUUUGCAAGCUGGUGGCUCUUCUCCAAGAGGUGGAUGGCGAGUUGGGGAAGCAGAUCCAGAGACACCCCAGCUUCAAGAGGUUUUUUUACGAGUUCUCAGACUCCGCCCUCAGGAAGCUGGUGGCCACCCUGAGCAGCCAGCAGGCCCACCUGGCAGACGGGGACGGGGGCCUCCCCACGAGACCGUUCCCGUUCACCUUGGGCCUGGGCAGCAGAUACACUGACAGCCACAGGCGCACCAUCUGCAGCCUCAUGGGCUCCCGAGGGGGAGCCCAGACCCUGUCCAGGGAGGCCCAGCCGAACCUCACGAGUCCCGACUGUCAAAGUCCGGAUUAAGAGUGAUGCCUAGAACUGCAGCUCCUGUCUUAGCCAAACAGUUGGUGCCUUAGGCCGGGAGCCCCGAAGCUGCUACCUAACCCCUCAAAUCCGAGCUCCACCCAUGACUCUGAAGACCGCACACCACUGUCCUAAAAUGUGUGAAGCCUUAAGACUGCAGGUGGUGGGGGGUGCUGGCUGAGCCCUGGACCAGAGCUAGCUGACCCCAGGGCAGCGCGGGACCUGCGGCCAGACUGGACACAGCCCUCUACUCCGUGGGAUCCGACAGAAGGCCCUUGACACCUCCCUGGGCCCUGGAAUUCUGUGGCCAGAAAAGUGAGGGGACACCUUGUACCUCGGCUCCUGUGACCGGCUGAGGGUCAGUGAGAAGCCGGAUGUGAAGAGUUUCAAAAAUAUCUGAUGCCGUGUCCGGGGUACAGUUAGGUUAUUUUUAUUAGAGCAGGAAGUAGGAGAGGGGGCUUGUGGCGGACCUCCAUGGACAGCAGCCUGGCAUGCGCUGCAUAAAAGCCCUGUACCCUAAAAGGCACUGUCACAUCGCGGGAGAUGGGGUCUAGAAACUCAUAAUGACAAUUUCCCAGCUGGGGGCAGUAAAGGGUCUUUUUUUUUUUUUUUUUUUUUGUAUUUGCACAAAAGUGAGGGCAAGAGCGGAGGUCCGUUAGCUUUGCCCACCCAUGCAGACUGGGCAGGGCUGCUCUCCUCUCGGGUUAUUCCAGACAGGGGUCAGGAUCGUGGAGUUCCUUUGACAGAGGUCAGGAACCUUUCAUGUGUAAUUUCUUAUUGCAGUGAUGAGCUUUAGGCUGAACAAGUCCCCGAUGCUGGCAUCCGGGUCUCACUUUUUUUUAAACCAUGUUAUUGAGUAAUAAAGAAAUGGGCCUGCA